AUGUAGACGAGACAUAAACAUUUUAAAAAUGGCCUACCCAAAUAUGACUUGGAAUCAACCUAAUGGAGCUUCUUUCAGGGGAAAUUCAAAUUAUGUAACCAGAGCUCCAGCUGUUGAAGGCAGCAGAAUGCAGCACCCUUUUCAUGGUGGGCAAUAUAGACCUCCAACAGAGCCGCCUUUUCAACCUGUAUAUAAUCAUCAACCACCUUUUUUUCAGCCACGUUAUGACAACCCUGUAAGAAACCAUUUAGGUGCUCAUAUUAGACCUCCCCAUCAAGGGAUGGUUCCACAAGGUCCUCCUCUGUCAUUUACUCAACCACCACCUGUGUCUGGGUUUAAUGCCACAGCCACAAAUUUCUUUAACCAUAAUCAACUUCAAGAUCCUUCACAAAUGAAUGUUGUUAGACAUCAAAAUAAUAUGAUGGAUAAAAACAGCGUAAAUUAUGGAAUACCACCACCUCCACCGUUUGGAAAUUAUCAACAUCCUGAGCAGACAGCUUCAAAUUAUAACCUGUUUAUGCAAAAAAAUCCUUCUAUCAACAACCAAACAACUUCAUCUGAAAAAGAUAUUGGCCCUAAAGAGAGUGGAAUGCAAAUUCUAGAAAAAUGGCUGAAAAAAAAUGGAAAAUUUAAGUGCCAUACAAAACCAGAUGAAAAUAAAUUGAAACAAACAAAACUGUGGUCAUACAUAAACCAGUUUAGAGAAUUAGCUUUACAUUUAACGAGCAUGUCAACACAAGUUCAAGAGAUGGCAGAUUCAGUUUUAUCAGCUGACAAUGAUAUUUGGCAGAAAAUGACAUGUGACUUUGAAAUCAUGAAGAAAGAGUAUGCUAAUUUGGGAGCUGUGUUGCAAGAUUCAUCUGUUCAAGUUCUGAAGCAUAAAUUGAUACAAAUUAGGAAAAAAAGGCAAAGAUUAAAACGAGCUCAAAAAAUAAUUUAUGAUAACAAUCAAUUGAAACUACAAGAAUGGGAAAAUAGAAGUAAACAAAUUGAUGCUUGGCAAGAAAAGAUAAGAGCAAAGAUCAGAGAAGAAAAUUUGAAAAAGGCAAGGAAGGCAGCUGCUGAUCGUACAUUGAGUAAAGUAACAAGAGAAAUACAGGAUGCUACUAGAUUAAUAGAAACAAUGCUAGCUCUUCAGAAAUUGAGGCUUAUCAGAAGAGAUGCUGCACAGAAGCGAGGAGAUACUGAGUUGGGUGAAUCUAGACAAAUAUUUGAACAAAAAAUAGCUGACAUGACUAGACUUGUCCAGUCUCAACUAGAAUGCUAUAAAGAAGAAGAAGCUAAGUUAAAGUUAGUGAUUCGUUCAGAACAAGAAGAAACAUUUAAAAAAGAAAGUUUACAAAGAGCUGAAAAAGAAAAACAGAAACAGAAAGAAGAUGAUGAUUAUCUUGAAACAUUUCUUUUUGGCCCUGAAAGGGAUAUAGUACCUUCUGAUCCACUGUUGCCUUUUACACAAUAUUAUAAACAAGCAGAAAGCAGUCUACAGGCCUUCAUUCAAAUUAGGAGAGAAUGGGAUGCUUUUCUUGUGCCAGAAAAUACUCCAGCUUCAAGUGCCAUACCUGCAUCAUGGGUCAUACCUGAACCUCCCAGUAGUUUAUCUUGGGCAAGUGUAUUACACUAACAACUGAUGGAUGACACUUUCAUGUUUUCAUAAAUAAAAUUUUUCCUAAAAUGUC